UUUGGUUAUAAAAUAUGGCGGUUUGAUUUAAAUUUUCAAUGUUUAUAAAAGGAAGAGCAUUUUUACGAAAUUGGUUAUUGGCAGCUGGGUUUUAUUGUAUCAUGUCUUUGUAAUAAAGGAUUUGCAAAAUUGGAGGAUGAAUAACGAGGGAGCAAUGGAUACAUUUUCUGAACUCUUUCACGGUUUACAAAGAAAUAAAAAGGGUAGAUCUGAUGGCAUUUUGAGUGGUUGCGAAGCUGAAUUACAGGAGUUAAUGCGUCAGAUUGAUAUCAUGGUAAAUGCGAAGAAAGUUGAAUGGGACAGUCAUCUUCAUGUGCUACAACUUCAGUUGGACAAGAAAAAAAAAGAAUCGGGUAUUCUUAAGAUUGAAGUCGGCGCGAAGAUGCAAGAGGCGGAAAAUCUGCGACAUCAAAUUACUGCAAUGGACCAAAGUCAGAGAGAUCUUGUGAAUGAGUACGAAACGAAACUCGCUCAUCUUCGAGAUGAAGUCAAUAAAUUGAAACGCGAUCAUGAUAAAUUACAAAAGAAAAGUCAGAAACAGAAUAUUCAGAUACAAGAUGAGAAAGAUAGGUUGCGAAAUGAUCUCAAUAAGAAAGACUUUGAUUCUCAAAAACUCAAGGAACAAAAUGAGGACAUGAAGAUGAAAUUAAGAGACUGGGACAGCAUUGGUAGAACAUAUCAAGAGAGGAUCAAAGGGCUUGAAAAUGAAAAUAUGAUUCUUAAGGAUAAAAACCAAAUAUUACAGCAACAAACGAAGGAGGUUCAAGAUAUGCUCAGUCAAAGAAAACACACCCUUGAGAACUUGGAAAAAUCACAUCAAAUUGAAAUGGUGGAAAUGGAAAACCAGAUAACCAAACUGAGUGAACAAGAAGAAGAAAAUAAAAAAGAAAUUGAAAGAUUAAGAGAAGCAAAGAAGGACUAUGAGUCAACAGAAAAAGAAAAAUCUGCAGAACUUGUGUAUUUAGACGGUAGAUUAAGACAUGCAACCGAAGUUAUACAGGCGUUGGAAUUCGAAAAAGAUCAACUUCAAAGAGAGGUGAAUUCUAAGUUUGACUUGGUGAAGUUGUUAGAAGACAAGCACAGACAUCAAAGGGAGGAUCUCACCACCUUGCAGGAAAAUUUACAGCAUAAGGAAGGCAUGAUAAGAGAUCUUCAAGAAGCCAGUGUUUACGAAGAAUCUAAUUCACUCCAAAGACUGCGCGAGGAUUUACGUAUUCGCGAGACUGAAUUAAGCUCGCGUAAAGAGACAGAAAAGUUUCAUCUUUCUGAGAUUGAAAGGUUGCAGAAGAGAUUGGCUGAUUGUGAAACGACAUUUACCAAGUCCAAUAUUGAAUUAAAGAACAAGAACGAGCAACUCGUUGGCGAAAGUCAGACGGAAAUUAAGAGACUUUUGUCAGAAAAUGCCAAGAUCAAAGGACAAUUAGAAAAAUCCAGAAGUUUAGAAAAUUCCAGAAGCUCCGAGGUUGAAGGGAUGAAGGGUGAAAUUAGUAACCUCACUUCAGAUCUUCACCAAAGGGAUCUUGCUGUUGCUAACAUCGCUGAAAAAAUGAAGAAAAUGGAAAGAGACUUGCGAAGUAGCAACUCAGAAUAUGAUAAAGCGAUGGCUGAAUUACAUGUAAUAAAGGCACAACUUGAUGCAGUACGUCUUGAAAAUCGUCAUCUUAAAGAAGCAUCACUUCAAGGCGAACUUAAGGAUCUCGAUCUUUAUCACAGCAAUCAACAAUUCAUGUCAGAUUUCCAGGAGUUGAAUACGAGUCCCAGGGCCAGGUGCAGUUUAUCUCCCAACGACCCAGCAAGAAGUCCAGGAAAAUCAAAUAUUGUGCCUGAUAAGAACUCAAGUGAAAAUCCAACCGUCAGCACAUCUCCUGAUGCGAGAGUCAGUCCUAGUACACGUGGUUCUUUAAGAUUCUCUGACGAAAUCAAUUACCAAGGUUCAACACAGGGAACGAUGGUUAGCAAAAGAGAUUCUUCAUUCAACCAUCGUCAACGAACAAGCUCUCUCACUGCAAGCUUCACAGACUCAGAAGAUCCAUUUCGAUUGUCGUUUGGUGAUUUAAAGGAACCUGGGUCAGAUUACGAGAGAUCUUUAUCAAACUCCAGACGAUCCUCGGUUACAACGAACUUCAUGGAUGAAGAAAAACGCCGUGAAAAGGAACUGGAAAGAAUCUUAGAAAGCAGAAUAAAUGAUCUCCACUUAAGUACGAAAAAUAUCCUCACAGGACUUCCAAAAAGGUAGAAACAUCAACAUUGCUUUCACUAGCUUCGAUUUUAUAAGAAUGUAACGUUUUAUUAAUUAUUUAAAACAUUUAUUUAUAAAAUAUCACUGUGGAGAUAAUUUUAAGGCUUCAUCUAAAAUGCGACGGCUGAAGCUACAUUAGCGAAUACGUAAAAUAUUUUAAAACUGUAAUGAAUAAGCUUACAUGCAGACAUAUAUGGUUUAUAUAGUAUAUAGUAUAAGUGCUCGGUUCUGUUUACCACAAACUACAGUGAAAAGCUGCUGACUACGUUUUCAUACAACCGACUCCUGGCAAAAACUGACACGUUGAUUGAACUGACUUGUUUGCCAAACUCUUUUGGGUCGACUGCAUAAAUAUCGAGGAAAGGUUGUGAAUCUGAGUGGGUCUAUUGUACUGUGGUUCCUUAUACUGUGGUUACGCCAUUUGGGGACGACACCCCUUCUGGCCCUUCUAUAUCACUUGCCAGGCAAUUUAAUACUUCAUGUAAAUCCAGGCUCCAGUCGAUGCCAAUUGCAUGGCAAGUCGAUCGUGUCGUAUCAGGCCGAGUUAGUUUCUAUUCCUAAACGUAUAUAGUAUACUGUUCGACUAUUACGCGAUACUUUAUUAGAGACUCAUUCUAUUUCUUAUGCAAGUUUUGAUUGACUCUAGGAUGAUAUUUGUAUAUUUUAGAAAUGUACAGUUAGUUAUAUACAUGUUA